CGGAGAAGGUAACGAGUUCCUCCCGAUCGUCAAUAAUUUGUGUAUGUUCAAAUUCUAGAAGAUUGGCAUUUGAGUAAAAGGGGGCAUUUUUAUGAUGUCCUUUUAGUCGUCAGUGAGCCGUUUUAGGGCCACGGCACUUAAACGUCGGACGAGGCGACAACAGACUGUCUCCUCUCAAAUCUAUGCAUACAGUUUGGCUGUUUAGCAAAAAUUGAAAUGGGUGCUUAUCAGAGUAGUCAAUCAGAAUGGAGCAAAAACAAGUAUUUGCUUAUGAUGAUAGAUUCUAAAUCGCAGAUACCAAAAACAGAUCCUUUUUGGGAUGAACUCCUUUCCUACAAUCCUAGAGUGACCUUAGAAAAUCAUGGGAAAGAUGUGUACAAUUAUUCAUAUGAACUUGCUAAAAAAUGGAAUACGACCAACAAGAAUAACGAAAACGUUAGCGUUUUACUCCAGAUUUUCUUAGAAAGUGCUGACAAAUUACCUUACAACGAGGAAGCUGAUUUUGAUUCACAUGAAGUCGAUUGCUUACGGCCUUACAAUGCAUUGUUCAUUCUAAGAGUGUUCUUACAUUAUGUUGUUCAAAUGCACGAGACACUCAUGUUGAAACAACUGACGCAAGUGCGAGCAUCAGCCUCUCCUCAGGAAGAGGACACUACAGAAUUGAUUGACGUGCUUUUACACAUUGUUAUAGAUUUACCAGUAAGGGAGAAAACAUACCUACUUCAUCUUGAGUGUAUGAACAUGCUGUUGGUUUUGUUGUCAACAGAAUUUUAUAGGAGAGGAUGUACUAUCGAAGUUUAUGAUAUGAUUUUUGAGCAUAAAAGAGGUGAUGAGCUGAGUAAAAUAUUACUCAAGAGGUUUACUCAACAACAUAAAAUGCCACACCCUGACAAAUUAUACUCUUCGUCAGGAGGAAGCAUUAUAUUAGACAUAGCAGCUGACAUUAUUGGAUAUUUUAUGCCUCAUGAAAAUGAAGACGCACCUUUGGCCAGAACUGCUUUGCUAUUACUCAACGUGCUCAUCAAUCACCAGGAUGAUUGGCAGGUGAAUAGGUACAGCCUUUACCUCCAUUCUCUUUCUGAUGGUUUGGAAGAUAUUUGUAAAACAAUUUUUUCAGUUAUGGACAAAGAGGAAACUAGUCUUUUGUUAUAUAAUUUAUUGGAAAGGAACAGUAGUUUUAAACCCCUUAUGGUGGCACAAAAUGACAUUGAAUCUUGGAUGCUGCCAAUGUUACAAACUAUUUAUAAAGCUUCGGAUGCAAGUGGCCACCAUGUUUAUAUGUCGUUAAUAAUAUUGCUGAUUCUGAGUGAAGAUAGGGAAUUCAAUAAAAAAAUCCAUACAACUAUGACAAAAAAUGUAACCUGGUUUGUAGACCGCCAUCUCGGUGAAAUUUCAUUGGGAGGCUUAACUAUAUUAGUGACAGCAAGGACUGUGCAAUAUAAUUUACUGAAAAUGAGAGACGAAUACCUUCAUUCCAACUGCCUUGCUGCUCUCUCCAAUAUGUCUUCCCAUUUUUCCAACCUCCAUCCUUACGUAUGCCAAAGACUUGUCGGCCUGUUUGAAGUCCUGGCAAAAACAUACAACCGGACCAAACAUGAGUUGCUACCCAUAGAGAGAGCUCUUAGAAUUAUUUUGGAAGUCCUAAAUUCUUGUCUCUCAAAUCAAUUGGCUUCUAAUCCCAAUUUGAUAUAUACUUUGUUGUAUAAAAAGGGUAUUUUCGAGCCCUUCAGGAACAAUCCUGCAUUUAAUGAUAUCAUCAAUAACCUUGAUCAGGUGUUGGAAUAUUUUACUUCAACGCUCGAAAAAACAAAUGACCCCUGUAAUGAUGUAAAUGUAGUUCUGAAGAUAAUUAUCGAAGCGUCGGCCAAAUGGCCAUCCCAUAGACUGCAAAAAUUUCCAGAACUAAGGUUCAGAUACAUUGAAGAAGAUUCUACAGGGGAGUUUUUUAUACCGUAUGUGUGGAAAUUAGUCUCGCAGUACUCGUAUGUACACGGUACUAUUAAAGACGACUGAAAAGAUUAUAUAAACUUGGGAGAAUGGUCAUUCUUGUCACUGUGUAUGUUUCUACAAUGAUGUGGGUUUUCAACUUUUGAAACCUGCUAGGAAUACAAUUUAUUUUCCUAGCAUUGUUAUCCGUUUAUUAAACUAAUAUAAUAAAUGUUUAUAUUUUAUAUAAUA